AUGCUUAGUUGGCAUUUUAUUGUUUUCAUAGCUAUUUUAGUUGGAAUGUGGCUUUUUAGACUCUUUAAAAGUAGACCACGCGCGCUAGGUAUUCGCUAUUGUAGUUCCUCCAGGCAUACUAAAAGGCCCUGACACUUUUAUACCAGUGAAGCUAUCUGAAGUUUUCCCAAUAUCUGAUAACACUAAGGUUUUCAGAUUUGAGCUGCCAGAUGACAGCCUGCCUCUCGGCCUCCCUUUGUGUCAGCAUAUCUUAUUCAGAGCUAAAAUUCCUACCAAAAAUAGCCCAGAAGGUGAAGAAAUAAUAAGAAAAUAUACCCCGACAUCAAGAUUGAAUGACGUCGGGUUUUUCGAAGUUCCAAUCAAAAUUUACUCAAAAAGCACUCACCCUGAAUUUCCUGAUGGUGGAAUUAUGACACAAUAUCUAGACUCUCUAAGGAUCGGAGAUAAAAUCGACAUUUCUGGACCAAGAGGAAGGAUUAUUUAUAAUGGCGGUGGAGAAUUUUCAAUUGAAAACUUAAACGGAAAAACAGAGAAAAAAGCGAGAAAUAUUGGUUUUAUUGCAGGUGGGACUGGAAUAACACCGUGCCUUCAGCUUAUCCAGUAUGCAGCUACUAAUUCAAACGAAAAUCUGUAUAUGUCAUUGAUUUUUGCUAAUCAAACAGAAAAUGACAUAUUGCUUAGACCUUUAAUAGAAGAAUUUGUGGCUGAGCAGAAGCUAUUUGUUUAUUAUAUUUUAACCAAGGCUCCUGAAGGGUGGCCAAUGGGCACAGGAUAUAUUUCUGAAAGCCAUAUAAAAGAAAAUAUGCCACCUCCAGGUCCAGAAACUUUGAUUUUCCAUUGUGGUCCAAAACCAUUCAAUAUUCUUACGAGACAGCUUUUGGAGAAAUUAGGCUACACAGACGACAUGAUUUGCAAGUUUUAA